UGGGCGGCGCGGGAACAAGAUUCCGGCUUAUAAAGUAUGACUUUUGACUGGAAGGACCAAAUAAUGUUGACGACGAGACUAAACGUCCAGGAGCGAUAUUUUGCUGCUUUAUAGCGUCGACAUUUCUGCAGUCCUGCUUGAUCUAAUAACGCUCAUUUUUGUUUCUCCCCACAUUAGGAAUAUUUGAGUGGAAUUGAAAUGAAGCUUGCCAUAUUAUGUAUUUGCCUUCUUCAAUUGGCAGCUGUCAACUGUAGACUUGCAGCGCGUGACAAGACACAUCUUGUUAAAAAUAAAAGGACCGACAAUAAAUUGUCAUCAAAUGACCUUACGGCCAAGGAAAUGGAGCUGUGGAACCAGGCGAAACCCAGAACGUUGUUUGCCAGAAGAGGAAUCCAGGAACGGCAGAGGUUGCGUGUGACGAAGCCCAAGGUGAAGCCUGCCCCCCCUACCCCUAAUUGUUCCAAGGUGAUGGAGAGCUGUAUGCCCCACUCCCGCUGCUGUGACCCCUGUGUCUCCUGUCACUGUCGCUUCUUCAAUUCCAUCUGCUACUGCUGGAAACUGGGAUAACACUGCCAGAAGAAAUCUUAAACAUACUGACACACACACACACACACACAUUGUGUAUACACACACAUACACAAAACAUUCCAUUGUACUGCUGGACACUGGGCUGUCAUACCUGAAGACCUGAAGACACACAUUCACAUACACUCACACGUGCACACACACACACACACCACGGGACACACAAUCACUCAUCCUCUAGUGCUGCCUGGAAGUAGCCCACCUACCUCCCCUUCAACACCUGUACCACCUUAUGCACUCAUCAUGUGCUACAAUAUUAUACAAUAUUUGUAGACUACAGUAUGUUUACAUGUAUUUACUGUAUAUGUCAACACUAUCUACAUGUAAAGUUAGAUAUAUUUGUGGGGUAUAAUAUAAUUAGGAUAUUCCUCCUGACUGUGAAACUGCAAUUAAGUUCGUUUUCCACUGCCCAAAUGUCUUAAUAAGCGCUAGUGUUUAUAAGGGCUAAGGAUAUAUUUCCAUGUAUUUUCUCUCCACUGGGUAAUUGGUUUUAAAUGUUUUUUACUGUAGGUUGGAGAGCAGACACAACCCACAAGUGGGAUAAUAGUGGAAUAGUUAUACAUUAUGCAAACUAAUGAAUGGCAAUAAACUUGUAUAAUCAUGAACAUUUAAUAUUCAUGAUAAGCCAAAAUUACUAAACAUUUAUUUAGGUAAUUUUGAAGACAGAAUGCAUUAUGUUGCAGGCCUCAAGCAAAGAGUUGCAGAAAAUGGUACGUGUAACAUUGAUGUUAGGAAACUUAAAGGCAAGCUCCAGCCUUACUAGUGAGAAACUAGCAAACGUAGAAUAGCCUGAGUGCCAGUCUGUUUGUGCUAUCAUGCCAACUCCUUGUCACUCAAUGUCUGUUUGGCUUGACAAGGACAGCAAUAGAGUUGGCUAGAGAGCUCAAAAAGAUCUGGGCUAAGGGUGGUACAGUAGUUUGCUUCUGGUAGAGCCAAGGUUGUAGACUACCUCUUCUUUUCAAUAAAAAAGACUGCUAUUCAGCACAAACUUUGCACAAUACAAACCGAUACUGUCUUACAAAGGCAAAAUGCAGUAACUACACUUUUGGUCAAAAUUGAGUUAAGACUGAAAUCAGGCUUUGUAGUAUCUGUUUUAUCUUGUGACAAAGUAUCCUUGUUCAAUUAUGUUCAGUUUCAGAGAAAAUGGAGUGUGAAAUUUGCAGUAACUACAGAAUCCAAGUAAAACCAAAGGAAACAGCAGUAACUGAAAGCCUGAUGAUCUGAAAAUAAUAUUUGAGUUCCGGAAAAUCGUUGGCAAUAGAGAGAAGUGUAAGGAGCUGGUACCACCGUGUUUUGACUGCAGUUACCUGCUCUGCCAUACAAAGGCAAAGAGCAGUAACUACGCAAACAGUGAAACUGAGAAAAAUGGCUUUAAAGUUUAUUUGCUUUCCAGUCAAAUAUGUUGUGGGUAGAUACAGUUGAAGUUGGAAGUUUAC